AGUCACAAUGAAGCUGCUGGUCGCUGUAGUGUUACAAGCCAAGGCCGCGGGCCAGAUCCCUUUCCUUUCUUAGAGAGGCGGUCUCCAUCUAGGGCUGGGUGGGCGGCACCAGCCUGGCCCUAUCGAGGAGACCGAGAGAGGGGGGGGAAAAAAGGAAGAAGCCGGAAUUUGCGCUUCCCCUUCCCCAAGUAUAUAUAGAGCAGGGAGAGAAACGCUGUUGGUUAUCUUCUGGUCCUGAGAUUGAUUUCUUCUGCAAAGAUGUCCGCACUAAGUCCGGUUGUGCCUGAGCUGCACCGAUUGCUGGAGAGGGACCCCCGCCUGGCUACUUUUAAGCAGGACAUCGAACGCAGGUAUACUGUCUUUCAUCGGAUUUUGAAGAAUGCUGAGGACAAUGAAGGUGGCCUUGACAAGUUCACAAGGAGUUACCAGGCUUUUGGCAUCCAUAGGUUUGUAGAUGGAGGGCUCUACUGCAAGGAAUGGGCUCCUGGGGCAGAAGCAGUUUUUCUCACCGGUGACUUUAAUAACUGGAAUCCAUUUUCUCAUCCAUAUAAGAAAAUGGAUUUUGGCAAAUGGGAGUUGUUCAUCCCUCCAGGACCAGAUGCAGUUUAUCCUGUGUCUCAUGGAUCAAAAUUGAAGGUAGUGAUACGAAGCCAAAAUGGAGAGAUUCUCUAUCGCAUUUCUCCUUGGGCAAGAUAUGUAGUUCGUCAAGACACCAAUGUGAUUUAUGACUGGAUACACUGGGAGCCACCAACCCCAUACAGACGGAAACAUCCUGUUCCUAAGAGGCCUAAAAGCUUAAGGAUCUAUGAAUCUCAUGUGGGAAUUGCUUCCCCUGAAGGGAAAAUAGCUUCAUAUAAAAACUUCACACACAAUGUACUUCCGAAAGUCAAGGAUCUUGGCUAUAACUGCGUUCAGUUGAUGGCUGUUAUGGAACAUGCGUAUUAUGCCAGUUUUGGUUACCAGGUCACAAGUUUUUUUGCAGCAUCAAGUCGUUAUGGACCACCAGAUGAUUUGAAGGAACUCAUCGAUGUUGCCCAUUCAAUGGGGAUUAUUGUUCUGUUGGAUGUUGUACAUAGUCAUGCAUCAAGCAAUUCAGAAGAUGGCCUGAACAAAUUUGAUGGCACGGAUGCAGCUUUUUUCCACUCUGGUCCUAGAGGAACACACUCACUGUGGGACAGUCGCCUUUUUGACUAUGCCAACUGGGAAGUUCUGCGAUUUCUUCUCUCUAACUUAAGGUGGUGGAUAGAAGAAUACGGCUUUGAUGGCUUUCGAUUUGAUGGUAUUUCAUCAAUGCUAUAUCACCAUCACGGAAUAGGUGUAGGUUUUAGCGGAGAUUACAAUGAAUAUUUUGGUAUGCAGGUUGAUGAAGAUGCUUUGGCAUAUCUAAUGAUGGCAAAUCACAUGAUGCAUCUCUUACAUCCAGAAUGUAUAACGAUAGCUGAGGAUGUUUCUGGAAUGCCAGCUCUUGCUUGUCCAGUUAUGGAAGGAGGAGGUGGAUUUGAUUACCGGCUAGCCAUGGCCAUACCUGACAAAUGGAUUCAGUUACUGAAGGAGUUUAAGGAUGAAGAAUGGAAUAUGGGCAACAUAGUGUUUACACUAACAAACAGGCGACAUGGAGAAAAAUAUAUUACAUAUGCAGAGAGUCAUGACCAGGCCCUUGUUGGUGAUAAGACUCUAGCAUUUUGGCUGAUGGAUGCAGAGAUGUACACCUAUAUGAGUAUUCUCUCACCUCUCACUCCAGUUAUUGAUCGAGGAAUACAGCUUCAUAAAAUGAUUCGCCUCAUUACUCAUGCACUUGGAGGAGAGGGAUAUCUUAACUUCAUGGGUAACGAGUUUGGUCAUCCAGAAUGGUUAGACUUCCCCAGACGAGGCAAUAACGAAAGCUACCAUUAUGCUAGGAGACAGUUCCAUUUAGCCAAUGAUCAACUUCUUCGCUACAGAUUCCUAAAUGCAUUUGACAGAGAUAUGAACAAAUUGGAAGAAAGAUGUGGCUGGCUUGCAUCUCCACAGGCUUAUGUGAGUGAAAAAAAUGAAUCAAACAAAGUCAUUGCUUUUGAGAGAGCAAAUCUCCUGUUUAUAUUCAAUUUCCACCCAUCUAAAAGUUUUACAGAUUACAGAGUGGGUGUACAAACACCAGGAAAAUAUCCUUUAUUUUACUAUGAUUAUAAAAUUGCACUAGAUUCUGAUGAUCCAGAGUAUGGAGGACAUAACAGACUGGACCAUAAUACAGAAUUCUUCACUCAGGAGUUUUCACAUAACUAUCGUGAUAAUUCCGUUUUGCAGCCCAAUUCACAGAGUGAAAGUGAAGGCCAGCCCAGAGGACAGCAGCACAAACACCAUAUGGAGGUAUACAUUCCAAGCAGAGUGGCCAUUGUGCUGGAGAACAUGGAUAUCACAAAAUGAAGACUUCCAACCUGUGACUAAAUUCAUCUCUGCAAAUACAAGGCAGGAAUUUGAUGACAUUGGUAACCGGGAUUUACUGUUUUGAAACUUUUCUAUAUGAAGAUAUGUUAAUUCAAAGAGAUUGAAAUAUGUGCUUAUUAUUUAUUUAUAAUUACAAAAGCUCUCAUUUUGUGAAAUGCAUAUUGAAAGAUACUACAUAUUAGUUAAAUGAAAAAAUCCUUGUUCCAGCUCUGAUGUUACAGAAUUAAACUUCAGAACAGCUGACAUCCUUGAAGUAAUAUUUCAUGUUAUUCUGCCAGAAAUAAUAUGGACCUUUUCAGUAAUUUGCUCCAAUCCAAUAUAUGUUUGUUUUUCAUUAGACCAUAAUUUUGUAUUACAAGUACUUAUAAUUGGUUAUUUAAUUCCCACCAUGGCAGUCUUAUAAACCUCUGAGGUACUCUUCCAAAUUAUAAAGAUGCUUAGUGUUUUCCUACUUUAAACGAAUGAGAAGGAAAAGUUUUUAUAUUUAUGGCUUUGGUGAGUUAACAAUGAAGUAGCUUUACUGAGACUAGCAAUGAAGUAGCUUUAAUGCAGUCACACUGUAGGGCUAUAGAUGACAUUUAAAUUGUGCUUAAAUUCAUAUGGAAUUAAUAUUACAUUAAACAUUAACUGUCUGUUUUGUAGAGUGUUAGAAUUAAUAUUGGAAAUCAUGUGUUCUAGGUUAAACUUUUGAAAGUAAAUGAGACUAAGUACUUUUGAGAAUAAUGUCCUGUGAGUCUUGGACAAUAAAGGAUUAUAAGGGUCCCACCAUUAUCACAAAUACUGAAAAACUAAUUAUGCCCUCUCACUAAUGCAGUUGUUCAAAUGGAGCCACAAAACACAGAUUUGCCAUGAAUUUAGAAAGUGUGUUCUUGCAUUUUUUAAUUUAAAACAUCUAUUAAGAAAUAAACUGUGAUGAAAAUUCAUUUCAAGCUAGAUAAUGAGUUAGAAUGAUGACUUAAAUAAUGUAUCUUUUAUAAGCUAUAAUAUUUCAUGAAAAACUUAUUUUUGGAUUCUGAAAUUAGGAAUUAAAAUUUUACAAAGUUUUGGAUUUAUUUUUUUUUAGUAUAGAAUCACAAAUUUCUUUAAGCUUGAUUAAUGGUCAGUUUUUGAUAUGUAGUCACAUAUAUAUAUAUACACCAAAGAAAAUCUCUCUAAAAGGAAUUUCUAUCUAGCAGUUCUUUGAUGGGCCAUCUUUAUCUCAUUAUGUAAAUUUCAAAGUACGUGUGCCAGUAUUCACAUUACACAUGUAAUGCAAAUUCAUUGCUAAAAUUUUAACUAUGUGAGUCAGUCAGUAACAAGGUUAUGUGUACCAUUGUGUUCAGAUCUAUGUAUUAGCAGAGCACCAUGGAACCUGCUUUCCUGUAGCCUUCCCAGAUCAGAGUCAAAUGGCUCCAUCCGUGCUAGCAUCUCACUCUGCUUACACAGAUAUUAGUAGAGUAGUAUAGGUGGAAAAUACAAGGAGGUGUUAUGAAAGCAACAACAGCAAUGUGUUAAGCAACUCGGUGGGAAUCUCAAAUGAUCUCACAAAUAUCUGUUUAAUCUCUCAGCAGUAUGUAGGAUGCAUAAACUUUGUUUCUUGUGUUGUAAUCAGUUUGCCUUGUCUGAAGAACAGCAUGUGGCCAAGUGUUAACAUCCCUAUUUUUCAUUUACAUUUUGAUAAAUAUAAACUAUAUAAGUUAUUCUUUCCAAAUUUUAAACUACAGUGAAUCAGCAAUUAUUUUCCAUACAUUAAAUCUGGAGGUUAGAGAAACAUCUGUAUUUAUAUUAAUUACUUUAUUAAUAUAUUAUGGAUAAGUUGCUGGCUUUGUAUCUGGGCUUGUAAAUACAGUGCAAGGCAUUGUCCAUACAAACUUUUGUGCAAGAAAAGCAAUAAAUAUAUAAUGUGAUUAAAAAGUGCAAAAUUACAUGCAAAUAAACUGUGAUGUAAGAAA